AUGGACUCAGAUUUGGACUUCGUGAUAGACUCCAUCGUCAGAUCUAACACUGAAACGCCCCAGCUGCUGCUUAAGUCAUGGUUGGAUCAAUUUUAUUCAAUCUCUGCGACUCGUGGUCUUUCCUCGCCCCAAUUGAUUAAGAUGAUUAUCUUCAUUUGUAAUUCACCUACCUUGGCGAUGACAACAAGGCUAUAUAUCGCGGAGAGGUGUUUGUUACCUAACGAUUUUAUAUCACAGGAGUUGAUAGACGUGGUCAUCAGCCAGCUAGGUACAGCGACAGCCAUCUCAGACUCCAGGUCGCAAGUGCCUGAAAAAAUUCAAGUAUCACUCUGCAGAUGGUUGGUGCAUGUCUUCUUCCUCGUCACCGCUAGAGACGAGACAAACGCCCUGCAACCCAGUGGCUCCAUUUGGCUACAUCUGUGGCAGUUUGAUUACUUACAGCAUUGGCUGACAUAUAUAGUGCUGUGGACAACGACGUCUCCGAAGGAUAUCAAGAGGUGGAAGGUCAUUUUAUUGGGAAGAGUGGGCUCUAAACCGAAUUAUCGAGAUUCUCAGGCCUGCUCAACUUUGCUCCUGCGAAGAUUUGAGAGCGUUGGUGGAAAAUCGGAACUCAUUACACGUACGAUUGCAGACUUGAGAUGUAACCAGAGGAGAUUGAAAUCACUCCAGAGUUUCCAAUACGAUAAGGAAUUCAUUACGAAGCUUCGAUCAAUCUUACUAAACAGUUCAUAUUCGAAUUUUACUGACGAUAUCCUAAAUGAACUUAUGACUUCUAGUUUGGAUCAAUUAAAGUGUUUGGCGAUCAAUGAGGGAAGCAGAAUUUCUUCUCUUGAUACUUCGGCUGAAGGAGUGCCGCUGUUGAACACUCAGUCACUGAGCAAAUUGGCUUCCCAAUGGGACUGCAUCGUGGAGCCGCUCAAUGCAGAACGAUUUCUAGGCAAUGUGAGAACUAGUCCUUGUCAUUUCUAUUUACUUUCUUUGACAGACGAGCACAAAUUUUGGACCAUUGCUUGUAAAUGGUUAACAAUUCAGCUAGGCAUGUUUUUCAAAAAUCCUGGAGAUAUGACUGGUGUUCAAAACAUUAUCAAAAUUUGCCAGAUUUAUGGUUCACUGACAUCCUUCAUAAUCCGAGAGUUUUUCAGCGCCGAGUACCUCAAUGCUAAUCCAGAGGGUUUCCUGCUUCUCUUUGAUGGGCUUUUCUCGCUUCCGGUCAGCUUUAGCAUUAACCAGCAUACAUUUGCCAGAGACGCCAUGCAGGUAGUGGCUAUCUCCUUCCUCAACAAAAAAAUGAAGCAAACGAUAUUUCCAUCGAUUGCGAACGCCAUCGUUAUGUUUCUGAGACAUUCGCGAUUUGGCGACGGUAAAGAUUGGGCGGCUUCCUUUUCAGAUUUAAUACAGAGCAUCCAUGAGUUAUUGGUUUCGACUUUGACUAACAUUAUCGAAAACAGACUAACGACAAUCACACUUGUGAGCACACUGAAGAGCAUCCUUGCCUUGCAGCAUCAUUCAGGGAAAUAUAAACUAAAAUACGUCAUUGCACCUCCCAACAUUAUUCGGCGCCAGUUCAUAUCUGAUGAUCCACUGUUACUAGAUGCCUGCUGCUAUUAUCUAGUUCGCACGAAAGACUUUCUGCUUGAUGAGAAUCCUUCAAAUAGGUACGUUCAAUUUCAGAAUAAUUAUAUCCUGGAUCUGACCAAUUAUUUGUGGAGAAACAAAAUGGUCGAAACAAAGAGUUUUGCAGGGAUUCCUUCAGAAUUUUUACGUGCAGUGAUUGAUAACCUGUACCUAUCCGAUGUCGCAAUGAAAGCAAAGGCUCCGUUCUCUAUUACGGGUGUCCCUGCUCUCUCAUACGCCUUCAUUGCAAAACUGCGAGAUCUGCAACCUGUCCAUGAUGCGAGAAUUAGGUACUUUGGGCCUUUGAGUGACGAAAGCUUUCGAGCCUUAAAGAGAUCCGAAAAGUUCGCACGAUGGCUUGAGGGUGUAUUGAGUUUGAAAGAACUGAAGAUUGAGGUUCUUAAAGCCUUUGAUGAGACAGGGCCGUACAACAAUGUCGCUGCCUUUCUGUUCACCUAUUUGAAAAGUCUUUCACAGUAUAGCAGAGUGAUCUAA